AUGUCUAACAACAGAAUGAUUCCCGAUGUUGUCACUUACAACACUCUUAUAGGUGGGUUUUGCCGAGCUAGGAGACCUCACAAUGCAUUAGAGCUACUCCAUGAUAUGCAAGCUUGUGGCCAACGUCCAAAUCUACAAACAUAUGCUAUUUUGUUAGACGGCCAUUGUAAGAACCUACAUUUUUAUGAGGCAAUGGCAUUAUUUCUGGAUAUGGAAGACCAAAAGUUCGACUUUAAUCUUGUGAUUUACGUCUUGAUUGAUGGUAUGUGUACUGCAAGGAAACUGAUGACUGCAAAAGAACCCUUUAAUAGUCUUCCUACCAAAGGGUUGCAACCUGAUGUUCGGACUUACACUAUAAUGAUCAAAGGCCUUUGUAAAGAGGGACUACUAAAUGAAGUGAGUGAGUUGCUUGAGAAAAUGGACAAGAACGGUUACUCAGCUGAUGAUGUUACGUAUAACACAACCAUUCAAGGGUCACUACAACAUAAUGAGACAUCAUGGGCAAUAAAUUAUCUCCUGAUGAUGGUUAACAAGGGUUUUUCAGCAAAUGCAACCACUGCAACCAUCUUGAUUGACUUGUUGUCUACAAAUGAGGUAGAUAAAACCUUACAGUAUUUCUUUUUUCAAAAGUUUGUGUGA